GAAGAAGAAGGCGAAGAAGACGAAGAAGAAGACGAAGAAGAAGGCGAAGAAGACGAAGAAGAAGAACCAUCAUCAUCAUCACCACCACCAUCUUCCAAUAAUGGCAUCGAACGGUAACAACAUGGCUUCCAAAGCUGGUAGCAGUGGCGGCGGAAAACAGUCCAACCCCUCCGCCGAACAGGUGGUGGCGACAUUUCAGAGGAUGCGUCAGGAGCAGCGAAAUAUGGCCUCGAAAGCAGCCGAGUUAGAGAUGGAAUCCAAUGAACACAGCCUCGUGAUCGACACCCUGAAGGACGUGGACCCGUCCCGGAAAUGCUUCCGUCUCGUCGGCGGCGUGUUGGUGGAGAGGACGGUGAAAGAAGUUCUGCCGGCAUUGCAGACUAACAAGGAGCAGAUCUCCAAAAUCCUGGAGUCCAUCAGCACCAAGAUGCAGGAGAAGGGGCGCGAACUCACGGAGUACAGAGAACGCUACAACAUUCGCCUGGUGGGCGAGGGCGAGGCGCAAGGCCAGUCGACGGAAUCCUCCAAGGAUAGCGAAGGGGGCGGCUCUAAAAGCGGCGCGGGUGUUUUGGUUUCAUAGUUCUUUUUUCAAUGGCGCGGCUCUGUGGUAUCUUGCAUGUUGAAAACAAAAUCGAGAUCUCAAGAUUUUGGACUGACGGCUUCAGGAUGCGACGUGCCCUACUAAAUCCGUUUUCUGAUUUGAUGGGGCUCGAAUGUCGCUAAGUAAUGUGGCAGCGCAAUGACUUUUGUCCUCGCGAGCUGCGUUUGGAAAAGUUUGGGUUGCGCCAGCCCUCCAACGGAAUCAUCUGUAUGCAUCAUAUCACACGUUGAUUCAUAAACGGUAUACAGUUGCA